GAGACAGAGUUUUCUUCCGUACCGACGAAUGGCAUGCGCCACAUUGAUUUUCGUAGAUCGCGCCACAUGCUGGCCCAGCAAGUUCUUUGUUUGUAAUGGAAUUAACGGAAUAAGCCAGGCGCUGUCGUAGCCAUGACUAUGAGUGAUCAACAAUAACAUGGACUACGGUGCCUGUGCACGACAGGGCUGAAACGUUCUUCACAAAUAUGCUGAAUUCAUGUACUUGUCAGGUUAAUCCGUGUGCCAAGUUCGCCCCGAAGGCCUGAGCGAACGCGAUACGCGGCUUCUCGUGCGCAGACGCUAAGGCAAUAACAGCUGUUGUGGAAGAAAAGAGGCGAUGUUAAGGCGUCCUGACAGCAGUUUCAAAGAUGGCGGAAGGUACUGACACGAUGUUCUUCGAUCUGCGGACGGUUCACGAUCACUUUGAUCGAGCCCUUAUCCAGGAUGAUGACGUUAAUAUCAAAGCUUAUUUGGAAGCUUACAACGAACUUUACAAAUUUUUCCAGCUCAUGGGGAGUAUUUUCAGUUUCGUAUCAUCGGAUCUGAAACAAAAGAUCGACGUUCUCAAUGAGCUCGUGAAGAAAGAUGAGCAGAGUUAUGAAACGAUCAAAACGAUGAUUCAACACGAGAAAGAAAAUAAAUUGUUGGAGAAAUCAGAUUUUGUCAACGGUAGCAGAACAUUAUUGAGAUUACAUCGAGGUCUCGACUUUAUCAGAGAAUUUUUGAGGCAACUCGGUGACCUUGGCGAAGUUGAUAAAACUUCGAGUUGUUGUCAAGACGCUUAUGGCAAGACUCUCGCCAAACAUCACCCCUGGGUGAUAAGAACAGCUGCUUCCACUGCCAUGUACACAAUGCCAACUAAACAAGUGUUAUUCAAAAAGGUUUGUGGCGAAAACGUGCAACGAAACAUCGACGUAUUGCCCAAAAUGUUGGAAGUGACAGCUGACGUUUUCGACCGUACUCACAGCCUGUUCGAGCUCCACCAGUUGCAUUGUUUACCAUAAAAAAUUUUAGAGCAAAUUCUUGAUCACAUCAAUACGUACUGCCGAAGAAGCUUGUGAUUAACGUCGGACAGUAUUUUCUGAGUGGUUGAAAAGCCCAUAAAAACUUGCCUGCAUCCACAAAAAUAUAUCACCAAAAUGAUGCCUUCUUCGUGCUCGUAAAUGUGUGUUUGGCUUUUCAAUGCAUUUAUCACUAUGCUACCGCGAAGUAAUGCUUCGUAAAAAAAGGCCCCACGGCUUUAGCGGCGUUGAAACAUUCCGAGCUCGAGAAUAUUUUGAGCGCAUUUUAGGAAGCAAGAAGAAAAAAAUCGAAAAAUAUUCUAUGUGAAGAGUUUUGCACGUUUUUCAACAUUUUCUUCUAUGAUAUUCUUUUUCUAGUUUUCUGUGAUCUUUAAGUAUAAUUUAUGAAUUGUAUUAUUCUCUGCUACGAUUGUGAAGUUCAUAUUAAAGAAUAAAGAAAAUUUAUGGUAAAAAAUA